ACUGCACGGGAGGAAAAAAUUUACUUUCAUGUAUUACGCAUGUGAAAAUAAAUUGUGAUGCGCAUUUUUCCCCCUUUUUGUUGCGUAAUUAUGAAAUAAUUUUUUUUCCAGAAAGAAGGAAAGGAUAAGCGUACGUUUUGAAAAAGCGUAGUGGGCACGAAUGUCACGUUGGCGCAGCUUGAGGGAGUGAGCAUCGAGUUGUCAUAUGGGCAUCCGCAUAGGUACCCACGUUUGUACGAGCGUUUAUAUGUACAUUUACGUAUCGCAUGUGACGUGUAGCAUUCUGCGUAGGGGAAAAAACCACGCGUUACAGCUUGGUCAUGUUCACGCGUUGAUAUGCCAGAGGGGGGGGGGGCACAUGAACAUAUCCUUCUUAAGUCAACGGCGAAAGGUAGUCCCAGUUUUGCUCAGCUGGUAUAGCAGCGUUCGCCCGUUGUUGCGACCUUUUUUGGUACAACUGCUGGCACGACGUGUGGGCCCCUCUGCGCAGUGACUGCCCUCCCUUUUUGCUCCGAUGGGCAAAUGCCAGACAACACUUAAGAGACUCCGCGCGUUUCCCAACAAUUGAUAAACCGCCACUCCCUGGAACGUUCUGUUCAUUACGAAGCAACUGCCCCAGUUUGAUAGGAAAAAAAAAAAAGAGUGUUGCUGAAAAUAUUUGUAGCGUCACUUGAGAGAAAAAGUGUUCGCAUAGUGACGUAUAGAUAUAUACAACGAAAAGGGAAGAGUGUGAAACGGCAGGCACCAUUUUAAAGCUGCUGACUAGCCAUUCCUUCAAAAGUAAGAAUCAGAUAGGAGUACAUUUUAUACAGGGAGAAGAAGGCAAAAAGAAAAUGACAGGAAGUACUCACAACGGAGGAAGUCGCCUAAUCCAGUAUGAAGACAGCAGCAAUAAAGAGUUCAUCAGGAAAUACCUAGUGGAAACAAGAAACGAAUUUAUAGAAAAACAAAUGAGGGCACUUUACGAAUGUAGAGAAAUAUACAAAGAUGAUAUAGACGAAGUGAUAAAUAUUUUGACCUACGCGUUAGAAAAUAAUGACAGCGUGUUGUUAAGGCAUGAAGUGGCAUAUGUCAUAGGGCAAAUAAGUAAUGAGAAAUGCAAUGACAUUUUAAUAAAGCUGCUAAACGAUACGGAAGAAAAUUUAAUGGUUCGACAUGAAGCUGCUGAAGGGUUAGCUGCAAUAGGAAGUGAUUCAAAUAUUGAAGUUAUAAAAAAGUUUUUGAAUGAUGAAAAGGUAGAAGUUCGAGAGACAUGCGAAUUGGCCCUCAGUUCAUUGUUAGAAAAAAAUAAGUAUGCUGUAUGUUCAUGCAGUAAUAAGGAUAGCAUAAAAGAAGCAAUAAAAAAAAAACGAAAUGACGAAUUUGUUUCAAAGAAAUUCAACACCAUAGAUCCAGUUGUUUUUACAUCAAGUGGUAAUGCCAAAAGUGUUGAUGCACUUAUUGAAGACUUAAAUAAUGAAGCGGUUCCCUUAAAAUUAAGAUACGAGGCUUUAUUUAAAUUAAGAGAUAUGGAAACAGAUGUGUCCAUAAACGCUUUAGGAGAAGUGUUAAUAAAAGAUAAAAAAUCCGCAAUUUUUCGACAUGAAGUUGCUUUUGUGUUAGGCCAAGCAUUACAUUUAAACUCUUUGAAAUAUUUAAUUUCUUCUCUGCAGAAUGUUGGGGAACACGAAAUGGUUAGACACGAGGUUGCCCUUGCCCUAGGCUCUCUCGGAAGUUUAAAUAUAAAUUCGCAAGAAUAUAAAAAUGUUCAAAGCGAAAUUAUUAGCACUUUGAAAACCUUUUCGAAGGACGCCUGUAGAGUUGUAGCUGAGAGUUGCCUGGUUGGACUGGAUUACAUAGCUGAGAAUUUAAACAUGGCAAUAGAAGUAAAUUGAUUCGCAUUUUGCUCGUGCCUAUUGUUUCCCCCCAUCUGUAUGACCCAUUUAUAAACCAUAUGUGUUUUUGUGCCUCUAUUCAUUUUGGUCAUUUUGACUGCACCAAUUUUUUGUGUACCCCCUAGUGUGCCCCCU